CGCGCCAUCGGGAGACGUUUGGACAGCCGAUGUCACCAUAAACCGAGCAACACGUGGUGCGUCUGCGCUGGAGACCCGACGCCGGAGUUUGGGAGAUGUUUCCGCUGACUGAGGGGCAUUGAUGAUCCACGGAGGAGCCGUGCUGCAGGGGACAACCCGCGAGCCAUCAUCUGUUGAUCGGAUCGGAGACAAUCAAGCGCAUUAUCAUGAGCCGCGGUCCGACUUCCAGGUGAAAUUCAAGGAGAGUGAAAUGAUUCCAAAGUCCGGAAAAUCUCCAGCAGACUCGAGGAAAAGUGUUGGCAUCCAUGAGUUUGCAGCACUUGCCCGAUCCUCCUUAAAUGGUAUCUCUCAGGCGGUGAGGGACCAUGUGACGAAGCCCACCUCUCUGGCUCAGGGCAGGGUCGCCCACCUCAUUGAGUGGAAAGGUUGGCCCAAACCCGCCGCCCCCCCCGCAACCGCCCACUUCAGCUCCUACUGCCAUCUGACUGAAGGAGAGAAGGAGGCCCGGUUUGCUGCAGGAGUGGCUGAGCAGUUCGCCAUCGCCGAGGCUAAACUGCGCGCCUGGGCAUCGAUAGAUGACGACGACGAGGAAGACUUCAACGAUGAAGACUCCCACGCCAACGGACAGACUCAGACCCUGUCCAGCCAGAGCUCAGACGCCACCACGCCCGAUACCGUCAACGGGCCGCCGUGCCAGCCUGAUGUUGGAGGCCGCGAGGCUCCGCCCUCCGACAGCCCCCGGUGCUCCAGCAGCACUGGCAGUCUGCUCUGUGGUCGGCCUGCGUCUCCCAGUGACCCACAUUCAUCACAGACCAAUUCCCCUACUUUACCCAGCGACUGCACGAGCCCCUUCCUGGAGGAGGAGAGGCCGGAUGGCCAGGAGGAGCACAGUGAGGUGUGCAUCCACCACAAGCCGGAGUGGAGGCCUCGGGCCAGGAGCAGCAGGUUCGACUCCUGCUACUCCACCUCUCGCUCCGAGUCUCCCGGAGAGGAGGACGAGGAAGACGAGGACGAGGAAGGCAGCGUGUUUCACGAGUUUCGAGCCUGGCAUUCCAGCCGGAGAAGCUUCUUCUCCGACCGGGCUUCCUCUGGAGUGGCGUCCUUCGAUGAAGAGGAGGAGAGGGAUGAAGUAGAGGAGAAGAAGGAGAUUUUGAUGUGAUGUGUUGUCCCAUCUUGAUGUCUCUGAGUCUGUGUUGAUUCUGGAUAUGACAUAAUCUGUUCUGCUUUCACUGUAAACCUCUCUCCACCUCUUCCUCUGAUCGUAUCCUCUCCACUCGCUGCCAUCCGUCCUUCAUCCUCCAGGCCUUUCAUGUUCUGAUAAUGCAGCGCAAUGCAGCAUAUUGGAGAGCUCAGCCAGAAUGUAAAGCUGUUGUUCAAACUGAGUUUUGUACAUUUUAGUGACGAGUCAUGUGGUGCAUACAUACGUUUUCUAUGGAUAUUUUGUAGUGUAGCUUUUUUCUGGGUCAUGCUGU